AUGGCGGCACGUGUGUGGUUGGUGAUGGCUCUGGUGCCGGCACUGGUGGUGGGUGAUGAAGCGGUGCGGGGUGGUGGUUUGAUGGACAAACUGAGCAAUGGCAUGAAGUUUGCUAAGGAUUUUCUGGCCUCAGAAUCGGUCGCCCUGAAAGUGGCCGAAUUCGUCGUGCGAGCGUUUCAAAACAAGCCCGCUUCACCACAAGAACCGCCUCCUAGAAGAAACCCUUACAACCCUGACCGAGACGAGUACAAGGACUACAGCGAGAAGUACUCGGAGGAGAAUAGGCCUAAUUCCCAGGUGCAUGAGGCUGGUAGUCCGAUGAGUCCGCUGCGGCAGCUGGUGAGGUUAUUGGGGCUGCAGCCGUCUCAGAUCAGCGCGGUGGCCGUCAACGCGCUGCUAUUUGUUGCUCAGAUGAUAUCUUCGUUCCUGUCCGGGCCGCAGAGACCAGCGCGGCCGGGCCGCUCCGAGGACACUCUCACAUACAUCCUCAACAAACCAUCACCUGCUUUACAAGACCUGCUGUCCACGGCCAAGAACGAAUCCCUCCCGGACAUCAUCGAAGACAUCAUCAAACAACAAGGCACAACCGAAGAUAUCAGCUGCGUCAGACUUCUCAUAUGCAAAAUCACCCCCUUCGUAGUAAAAAUGCAGAAGGCAGUAUUUGGAAAAGAAAGUACGGAGGAUGGGAAGGAAAUGUUUACAGGAGCGUCGGUGAUGUACCGCCAUCUACCGUCCAAAAAUGAAAUUAACGAGAGAAGUGAAGUUUGUGAGAGGAAAUACCAAGAUUGUGAUUUGGAAGAGUAA